AUGCAGUCUCCGAAGUUGUCUCGAGGUAUCUGCGCCCUUUUCGUCGUCUUGAUGGCGGCCACCUUCACCACUGCCUCCCCAGUCGCCGUCAACUCCCAGCCAGGCCCCGCCGUCGAUGACACCUCCAUCGCCCCGCGCGCCUCCGGAGGCGGCUGGUGCUGGCCCUUUUGCAACCCCUUCCUCCGCGGCGUUAACACCCCGAGCACCUACAACUUCCGCACUCCCCCGUCAACGGCGGUCCGCCCACAGUACUUCGACGUCCCGGGCAACCAGUUGACCAUCGCUGUCCAGACCAUGACCACGGGCGCUGUGCAGGUGACGGUCUCACUGGCGCGGGGAUACACGCCGCCGUCACACGCCCAGAUAAACGUGCGCCUGCGUGUGGGCACCGUCAAUAUCGACUUCAAUCACGCCAACCUCCAGUUCGGCAGCGAGACGGCCGGCGUGGAGAUUCCGGCCGAGCAGGCGGCUGAGUUUAGGACGGCACAGCGGCCCACGGAUGGGUCUUUUACAAUCAAGCUUUUGUAUGAGUUGGACCAAGAUCUUUAA